GUCCAUCUCCAUACCAUAGCUCCUAUUUCAUAGCAUAGUGCAAUUACAACUUAAAUAUCGAUCCCUGCUAUACUAUUGUUUUUAAGUACAUACAAAUUGAAAGAAAAUAAUAAUUUCUAUUACAAAUGAUUAAGUAAAAUUAAACUUUACUACUCAAAACCAAAAUGGAACUAGUCACAUUAUUUUUUAAAGUAUUCAUUAUUUCGUAUUUGUUCUUGAAUGUUGAAACAAAGAUUAAUUCUUUUGUUGUAAACAAAUACAACAGUGAACCAAAACAUAAUUUUUUUCAAAUUGAAAAUGAAUAUAUUGAACAUAGAAUUAAACGUUCCUUGGUUAAUAAUAAUUCAACCGAUAACGUUUAUGCAAAAGCAAAUGGGCUGAAUGAUACUCAUGGACAGCUAAUGGUGCAUUGGUUGGGAGAAGGAACGGAUGUUAUGAUUUGUCUUGCCCGUGAUCAACCCGCUGAACAAGGUGAUGAAUCAAAAGAACCCGACAGAAAUCCACCAAAAGUAUUUAUCUCGUUCGAUUAUGGAGAAACCUUUGAAGAUAAAACAUCUUUAUUCAAAGUUGUUUUCAAUCAAACAGAAGAAAAGCCUGCUAGCUUAGAUCAGUUUCUUACUCAUCCCAAAUUUGACACAAUUAUUUUUACGGAUACAAGAAAUAAAGCAAUCUUUAACUUUUCUCCAAAAAAUGGAGACGUUAAACGCACUAAUUUAGAUUUUACACCAUCAGAUAUUUCGUUUUAUGAAAACGACCCAAAUAUUUUUUUAAUAUUAGACAAAAAGAACGUAGAGAGAAAUUUAUAUUUUACAACAGAUGGCGGAAAGAGUUUUGAUAUCUUACAAGAACAUGUUAAAUCAUUUGCAUGGUCAAGUGGACCAGAUCUUCCUAUGCUAUUGUAUGUGGAACGAGGAGAACCAUCAGGUUCAUCGUCAAUUAUUAAUAUGGACCCUCAGAAUUUUACAAAAUCCGAUGAGCGUUUUAAAUUUAAUGUUUUGAUUGAAAACGUUAACGAAUUUAUUAUAAAGAAAGACUUUAUGUUUGCAACUCGAAAGGAUCAAAAUACAUUGGAACUAUUGAUUUCAUAUCAAAGAAGAAGUUUUGUAAAAGCAAAUUUCCAAACUGAGCUAGAUAUCAAUGGAUUACACAUUUGCGAUGUAGAGGACAAAUACAUCAUGGUUUCUGCUGCUCAUACACAUACUUUGGCUCAUCUUUAUGUGGCUGAAUACAACGAAGAACUCAAUAUGGUUACAUUUACCAAGAGUUUAGAAAACAUAUUAACAUUCAUACCCAAUAUCAUAUGGAAAACUGGAUGGAUAACGCAAACGACCGAUGAAGCUUUUACAGAUUUGUACAAAGUCGAAGGAAUGAAGUCGAUAUAUAUUGCUUCUAAAAUUCAUCGAUUAACUUCUUUACCAAGCUCUGAGACGUCUGUUGGACCUGAGCAUCUUGUGUCGGUGAUUUCUUUCGAUCAUGGACACAAUUGGCAACCAAUUGCAGCCCCAUCUGUUGACGAUGAGGGACAGCCAAUCAAUUGUACACAAGAUUGUAGUUUACAUUUGUCUCAAAAAUUCAGCCAGCUUUAUCCUGUUACCAGAUCAAUUACAAUUAUGAGCUCAAAAUUGGCGCCUGGCAUAAUCAUGGCAUCAGGUGUUAUCGGAAAAUCCCUCAAAGGUCAUCCUGGUGUAUUUUUGUCUCGUGAUGGUGGCCUUACCUGGAAGCUAGUCCUAAAAGGCUACUACUUCUUCAACUACGGAGACCACGGUGGAAUUCUGGUGGCAGUUAAAUAUUUCAAAUCGAAAGGAGAAACCAGAAAAAUCCUUUAUUCAACCGAUGAAGGUGAAACUUGGCAAUCGCACACUUUCCAUAGCAAAGAUCUGAAAGUUUAUGGCCUAAUGACUGAACCCAAUUCAAAUUCAACAAUUUUCACUCUCUUCGGAUCGGAGAAACAAGAGCAUCGUUGGUUAAUAGUUAAAGUAGACUUCCAAAAAGCUUUUGCACGUAAUUGCAGUGCGGCAGAUUACAAAUUCUGGACACCCAAAUUCACAUCACCUAAUGGUGAGCAAUGGUGCACACUAGGUAAACAGCUUUCUUUGCAAAAAAGAGUUGCCCAUGCCAACUGUUUGAAUGGCAUAAAAUAUCAACGCAUCAUCAAAACUGAAGUUUGUCCGUGUUCGAAGCGAGAUUUUGAGUGUGACUUCGGUUUCAUGAGACAUUCUUCAAUCAACGCAUGCAUCUUAGAUAAGAAGAUGACAACAGCCAUCGAUCCCUAUGAAAUUCCCUCAAAAUGUGUUUCGGGACAAUUUUAUAAUCGAAGCAGAGGGUACAGAAAAAUAGAAGACGAUCAAUGCAUUGGUGGUAUUGAAAAUCGUUAUUUGCCACAAAAGCUGCCGUGUCCCUUCGAGGAGCCAAACUACUUCCUGCUGGUUGCGCAACGUGAGCAAAUAUCCCGCGUUGAUUUGAACAGUCAGCGGGUGGAAAAAUUGCCCAUAAACGAUUUGAAGAAUGUCAUCUCCAUUGAUUUUGAUAUGAAACACAAUUGCGUAUUCUAUGCUGACAUAUUUUCGGAUAAAAUAGUUCGGCAAUGUUUAAACGGGGUUACUGAUGAGGAGGUAAUUUUAGAGAAAAAUUUAGCAUCAGUUGAAGGAAUGUCGUACGAUUGGGUAUCGGAGGUACUAUUUUUCGUUGAUGGAACGCGUGCUAAAAUUGAAGCUGUGAAAGUGUCUAAUGAUUCACUACUCGGAACUCGUACAACAAUUCUUGCUGAACCGACCCUAGUUAAGCCCCGCGGCAUUGUUGUUCACCCGCUUGAGGGAUACGUCUUUUGGACCGAUUGGGGAAGUCUUGAUCCUUCUCUCUCGAGGAGUAACCUUGACGGGUCGGAUGUUAAACAGUUGUUCACCAAACCUACUGUAGUUUGGCCAAAUGGCGUGACUGUCGAUUACUUUGCUCAGCGUAUAUAUUGGGUUGACGCAAGUAAGGACUACAUUGGUAGUUCCGACUUAGAUGGGAAACAUUUCUCGAAGGUAUUACAUCAUGAUCUAAGAGUUGCACAUCCAUUUGCCAUAGCUGUGUUUAAAGAUCAAAUGUUUUGGGAUGACUGGAAGAUGAAAUCAAUAUUUUCAGCUGAUAAAGACCAUGGAAUCAUGAUAAAAACAAUAACAACCGAAAUGCAACAUUUAAUGGAUCUUAAAAUUUUUGCCCAUUCACUUCAAUAUGGAACCAAUCAGUGUUCCAGUCAUAAUUGCUCUCAUAUCUGUGUCGGAUUGCCAAAUAACAAACAUGCUUGUCUCUGCCCAGAUGGCUUAGUUCAUUCGAAUAAAACCUCCGAGUGUGUUUGUCCGGAUGGCAAAGAUAAUUCAACGUGUCAAGUUAAGCCAAAUGGCUGUGCCAAUGGGUACUUCCAAUGCAACACUACACGAGUAUGCAUACCAGCCUUUUACACUUGCGAUGGUGAAGAUGACUGCGGUGAUCAAUCAGAUGAGCGCAACUGUUCGAGAAGAGAUUUUAUGAAUCCCAAAACCUGCCCCCCAAAUAUGUUUGCAUGUGAAUCUGAUGGAAAGUGUAUCCCAGAAUACAAAGUCUGCGACUACGAAACUGACUGUGAUGACGGCUAUGAUGAGAAAAAUUGCCCGAUUCAAGAUUGUGAGUCGAACGAUUUCCAAUGCAAGAACGGCCAGUGUAUAGAUAACCGGCUGAAGUGCGAUGGCGACAAUGACUGUUUGGAUGGUUCGGAUGAAAUAAAUUGCAAUUUCUUGACAAAUUCUACAGAGACAUGUGGAGAGGACGAUUUCCAGUGCAAAUCAGAUGGAGAGUGCAUUCCAAUUCACUUUAAAUGCGACAGAGAUUUCGAUUGUCCUGAUAAGUCCGAUGAAUAUGGAUGCACAAUCAAGGAAUGCGAAGAAUGGCAAUUCAAGUGCAACAAUAAAAAAUGUAUUCCUAAGAAAUGGAUUUGCGACGAUGAUAGAGACUGCGACACAGGCGAAGACGAAUUAAAUUGCACAAAAAUCGAGGAACCAAACUUGGGAACAAAUAAUUUCCCCUCAAUCAAUUGCCACGAUUGGAUGUUCCAAUGCUCAAACACAAAAUGUAUUCCCAUGUGGUGGAAGUGUGAUAAUGUAAAUGACUGUGGAGAUAACAGUGAUGAACUUGGAUGCAACAAUUCGAAAACUAAUGUUACCCCCAAUGAAUCAAUUAACUCCAAAGGAAUACAAGAUACCAAAAAAUGUUCAUCCUCCGAGUUCGAAUGCGACUCUGGGAGCUGUAUUUCAAAAGCUUACGUGUGCGAUGGAACAAGAGAUUGCAUCAAUGGCGAGGAUGAAAUCCAUUGCGCUGAUAUUAAGAGUGAAACAUGUCGCAAAGAUCAAUUCAAGUGUAGUGCGGACAAAACCUGCUUGCCAAUUGUAAACUACUGUGAUAAAGUGGUCCAGUGCUCGGACGGAAGCGACGAAAAGGGCUGCGAUAAUCAUUACACUACUCCACCCCCGCAAAAUAUUGUUUGUGGACCAGCAUUUUUCAAAUGCGAUGAAACAUGUGAACCUUUAUUCAAAAAGUGCGAUAAUAAACGGGAUUGCUAUGAUGAUAGCGAUGAAGAUAAUUGCAAAAACUUUACUCGCAUCUACCAAGUGAACGAAUACAAAAUACCCUCCACCAAAAUAACAGAGACAUCUAUAAUGCUUAUUUGGUCACUAUCAUCAGCCAUUGGAAGUGCAGCUAAUAUAAAAUACUUGCCAUCCAAAACCGAAACAAAGUCAAAUAGCUGGUCCAAUGCAACUUCUUGGACUGAAAAGUCUCAUUAUGUGUUUACAGAUCUGAAACCAAAUACUAAUUACAAUUUUACUGUAUACACAAAAACAAAUGACGGCCCAGCUCAGCCACCGUAUUUGUAUGUAAAUGCAAACACUUUUGAGGGUAAACCUAGCGAACCAACAAGCCUUUCAGUUGGUUCAUUCAAUUCGUCACAUCUUCAAUUGAAAUGGAAAGAGCCCAAUCAACUUAACGGUGCACUUAAUGGAUAUAAUAUAUAUUACAAAUUAAAAGAGAGCUCAAAUGCUGAAGUGUAUGAUAAGAAGACAGAAAACUCCAGCACACUGAUUGACAUUCGGAAUUGGAAAAAUGGAACUUAUGAAUUCUGGGUUACAGCCUCAAACAAAAGAUACGAAUCAUCAUCUUCAAAUAUCGUGAAAAUAGAUCUGCAGCCACUGCACACAACUGCCGACAUCAAAAACCUUACCUACAAAAUAACCGAUGACAACACUACUAUAACACUUAAAUGGGAGUCCGAAUCACCUAGUCAAGCAUAUCAUGUGAGACCAUUUUUACCCGAGCCAUAUCCUCAUUUGUUGGGUAAAAAAACAAAUUCGACUAGUGUCACUUUUAACAAGUUGGCUCGUGGAGUUUUGUACACGUUCAAGGUUUCACCUUUAAACGGAAAAGAAAGUGCAGUUCGUGGAAUUCCACAAUUCAUACAAGUAAAGCUCGAGGGAGACCAAUUGCCAGAAAUAAAAAAUACCCGAACAGUCAACAAUAAUGAUAAUUCUAUAAAUAUAAAAUGGGAGAAAGCAAUAUUGUCAACAACAAACGUAACUUAUGGUAUCUAUUAUGGAACAACACUUCUUGAAUACCAAGAGAAACCUCGCCUAAUUACAACAAACACAAAUACUCUUCUCAAAGACUUAAAACCAUGCCUAUCGUAUUUGAUAGGAGUGAAUGUGUAUGGUCCAUACGGCCCGGGACCGCUACCCAAAAAACCCAUAAGCCUCAGGACCGAGGACGAUUAUAAAAAUCCUCCAAAGAACUUGACUGCUAAAAUCAAUGAGCAAAAGCGUGUUCUAUUUAUCGAAUGGGAACAUAGCUGUCCGUUUACAAAGCAGUAUCCACCCUAUUUAAUAACCAUUACCGAAGAAACGCAUAAUAAAACCUUCUAUAUUGAGUUGAAAAAGUUCUCACAGAGAACCGUAUCACAUUACAUCGUAGAUAUUCCGUAUGGCGCGAGCUAUAAUAUAUCGGUGAAGAGGAACGCAGAGCAAGCAGCACACGCUUCUGUUGCUAUCAAAUCCACUCAACUGGAAACCCCAAAGCAGUUGAGGGUUUUGCAGCAGAAAGAUGGUUCGUUUUCUGUUUACUGGAAAGAAAUACAAACUUCUUACGAUUUUGGAUUCAAAUAUGAACUCGUGAUAUUUGACGGCUUAUUAUCCAACUUCUCAAGUUCAUCGCCAUCGAGAAUAUUGAAAACAAUAACAGCUUCUUCACCUCCAAUUAUCGUCAACCAAUCGGAUUUGUUGAAGGACGAUUUAUCGGGAAAAGUUUUAACAUUCGGUGUACGAACUGUCUCCAACGAGGGAUACAAUUCAGAAAUAUUUGAAACGGAACACGUUGAAUUUAUACCAAGCUCAAAGUGGUAUAAGCAAGUUUCAACAUCCUCGUACAUUUGGCUUUUGCCAGUGUUGUUAAUUUUAACAACGAUAUUCUUUAUAACGGGAUUAUACUUUACCAGACGAAACAAACGAGUGCGAACGUCAUUUACUAGAUUUGCUAAUUCGCACUACGAUCCAAAGACCGGUGCUACCCGAAUUGAUGAUGGUGGCAUGAACGACGUGAAUACCUCCAACAAUUAUGAUCAUAAUAGAUUCUCCGACGAUGAUCCGCUUGUGCAAACUUAAGAGCAGCAGCUAAUAUUUGUCCUCUUAUCGUAUUUGUGUAUAUAUAUAUAAUUAAUUAUUAUUAUUAUUUGUAUUUUUAUUGUGUUGUAACUUGUGUUUAAAUUAAGAAAUUAUAAAGGCUGAAACUUAA